AAAACCGUGGUUUCUCCUGGGGCACCCAACAGAGCUUACCAGGUCCUGGUGACUCCCCCCUGUCCAGUUCUGGAUCUGGGUUCUCUGAGAAGAAGAAAAGAGUUGCUGAGAUCCGGGCUAGAAGAGGCAGAACUCCUAAGUUUAAAGGUAUGGUUGGACUACAGCGUCCCCAAGGAGAACCUGGCCUCAAGCCGGAGGAUCUGGAGGAGGACAACAAGAUGAUCUGUCUCAGCAACCAGGACGAGUUUGUUCUCACUCAGGAUAUUUGUGUUAUGUGUGGAUCCCUUGGUAAUGAUCUAGAAGGUAGACUGAUAGGCUGUGCCCAAUGUGGUCAAUGCUACCAUCCACACUGUGUUAAUGUCAAGGUUACCAAGAUAAUCCUUGAGAAAGGUUGGAGAUGUCUCGACUGCACCGUCUGUGAAGGAUGUGGGAGGAAACAUGACGAGGCAAAUAUUAUCCUUUGUGACGACUGUGAUAUCUCAUAUCAUACUUACUGUACAGAUCCACCCUUAGAAACUGUGCCAAGUGGUGCCUGGAAAUGUAAAUCAAAUGAAUUGAUCUGUUUAGAAACUGUGCCAAGUGGUGCCUGGAAAUGUAAAUGGUGCAGUGUUUGUCAAUAUUGUGGUGCAAAUACGCCAGGAUUAAAUGCAAGCUGGUUUGAUAACUACUCUACCUGUGGUCAGUGUCACUCCCUCCAGCUCUGCCCUCUCUGUGAGGAGGGUUAUGAGGAGGGUGAGCUUAUUGUCCAAUGUAUUAACUGCUCAAGGUGGUGCCAUGGUGAAUGUGAUUCUAUUAUGACAGAAGAAGAUGCGGAGAAAUGUCACGUGGCUGGAUACUCUUGUCAGCUUUGUCGGCCAGCUGAAGCUCUUCCCCCACAUCUUGCUAUGCAGACCCAAGAGGAGAGAGAGCAGGCAACUAAACCUCCAUCACCCCCGCCCAGUCCUGAAUAUCCAGUUUAUGGAGGUUUCUAUAACAACGCCAGCUAUAUGCUGGAUGGGAUCAUGCUGAGUGAACGUGGGAUGCAGCAUCUCAAAUCUCUGACGAUAGAAAAAGACCGAGUUCGACGGAAGCGACGUCUUGGUCCUGAUAUGUUUAACUCUCUUGAUCCCUUGGGAGGAAGUCAUGAUAAUAGCUUAGAGGGUGAUGAUGAUGAUGAGGAUGAUGAUAAACCAAUGCCAUCCUCAGUUGUUCAAAGUCAUCAUAAAGAUGGGGAUGUUGUUAGACCUUUAGCAGAUGGAAGUGCACCUGAUGCACCUGAGGGGUUCACAAUUGUAGUCAAGGAUAAUGGACUUAUGGUUCUCCGAAAGAAGCGAUACAGAGAUCUCAAGAAGGUCGGUAUUGGAGGAUUUCUGGCUAAAACAAGAACUCCCAAGACAAGCAACAAAAAGGAAUCCCCAGAAGAGGACAAGAAGAAGCGCCCAGUCUGGAGACCAAAGAAGAACAAAAUUCUAGUUCAGUAUCCUGAAUAUAUUCAAGACUCCUUCUUUGGUAAAGAUUUUAUGGUUAAGUGCCCUGAUAAGGUAGAUGAAAACUAUGAAUUACCUUUAGCAGACCCAAAGAGAGUUGCAAGGCAAGAUGAAGGAACCUCGCUGACUUUAAACAGAGAUGCACUUGCAGCUCUGGAGGAAAUGAAAGCAAAGGAAGAAGCUGAGAAAAAGGAAAAAGAGCAGGAGUUGGCAGAUGCUAGAGCAGCUGCGGAAGCUGCAGCUAAUGAAGCUGUGGACAAAGCCAGACUUGCAAAGGAAGAGUUAGAUGCUCUCAAGCACGGAGAUAUCAAGGACAGUAAGAGCUUUAUCAAAGAAGAUGAGAAAAUGGAUGAUGAAGAUCUGAUGCUGCCCAGUGAUUUGUUCGGCGAUGAUCUCUUCAAACUAAUGAAUGGUGGAGAAAUUGAUAUUGACGAGAGUGCUCUGGAUGAGGCUGAGGAAGUUAAUGAGGAGAUGGAUGAAGUCAAUCCAAGUACAGCUAACAACGAACUUGAAGCAGGGUUACGGGACAUGCUGGGUCCAGACUUUGAUGCUAAUGAUAUGGAGGAUAUACUUAAAGGAAUUGUUGACAACGAGGAGAAGGCUAAGAUUAAAACUGAGAUAAAGAUGGAGCCUAAUGAUCCCUUGCCAAGCUCUGUUAAUGACACCUUAAACAAAUUGUCUGAAAAUUUUGACUCCUUUCAAUCCUCGUCUCCUGGUUCUGCUGCCAUCAAGGAGGAACUGAUUUCUACUUCCAACCAAAUAAAUCAGGCAGCUACCUUAGCUCCUUCCUUUAUUGAAUCCAGUACCAACCCUUCAACACCAAUAGACACUCAAGCACAAGCACCUAGGCAACCAGAGCCACAAUCACAAGGUAUGUCUCCAGGAUUAUCAAUGGGAGCGCAGAAUAUAUUAAGACCACCACAACCAGGACAUCAGAACAUUAUCAGAGGGCAGUUACCAGGACAACAAAACAUGCCUGGGACUCAACUUCAGCUAGGAGCACAGAGCAUGCCUCAAGCUCAUUCACCCAUGCAACAGCAACCGAUGACAAUGCAGAAUACUUUAGGUUCCAGAGUUGUUGUUUCUAGCCAACAGGGCUUCCAAACUUUAGAACAUCAGAUGCGAAUGGAAAGCACUAUACCUGGUUCUGUAAUGGGAACGCCUAUGUCUACUGCGUCUAUGGGCAUGACCUCAAUGGGAGGACAAAAUGGUUCCCAGAUGUUGAACUCAUCACAAAUGUCCCAAAUGGGAAAUUCAAGUCAAAUGUCACAGAUGCCGAUGAGAAGUGUUCCAGGACAAAUUUCUAAUGAAGGAGGACAAAUGCAAAUGUCAAAUCCAGGAGGACAGCUUUUAAACACUGCGGGACCAAUGUCUAAUAUUGCAGGACAAAUGUCAAAUGUAGGAGGACAAAUGAUAAACAUAAGAGGACAAAUGCCAACCGGUAUGAUGAGACCAGGACAGAUGCAAAUGGUGAGACCCAUUGCUACAGGAAUGAUGUUAGGACAACCUCCAGGACAACUUGGACAACCUGGACAACCUGGACAAUUAGGACAAUUAGUUCAACCUGGACAGAUGGGGGAAACUAUCCAAGGUCAGCUUAAUCAACCAGGACAUCCUCAGCUCGGUCAACUUGGUCAGCCCAGACAAAUCGGCCACAUUGCGCAGCCGGGUCUAAUACGUCAACCAGGACAACUGGGACAUGUUCAACCAGGCCAAAUCGUUUAUCAAGGACAACCUGGUCAAAUUGUACGGACCCAGGUUGGACUAAGUGCACAGUCUGGAGGACAAGGGAACCCUGUUGUUGGGAUUACGAAGGAGAGCGCCCAAGGUGCGCAUAUGGCGAAAUGGGAAGCUGACGAACCUCUAGGGGACCAGGCUACAAUAGCGAUGAUCCUCUACGCCAACGUGAAUCACGUGAAUCUCAAGGCGGAGUUCCCAAGCUGGAAUGAUAGGAUAAAACAGAUCGGGAAGAUUUGGAAAACUUUACCGAAUGAGAGACGCGCGCCUUAUGUAACACGCGCACGCGAGAAUAGGACAGCCAGCAGGACUAACAGACCUAUGUCGAAGUUGGCUCGAUCCCGCCAAACACGCCUCUCCCAUUCCGAUCCUAACCCCUUACCCUCUAUUUCUUCCUACCCCAGAUCCCCCUGUCCUCUUUACCCCCUCUCACCCUUUGCCUCUGAUCUAGCAUCCCCGUGUGAGGGUCUACUAGGUCCCUGUGAUCCAAUGAUGCCCCUGAUAGGGUCACCAGGAGACCCCUAUCAAUCCCUGGGUGAACCUAUGGUAAAUCUGGGAGGUGGAGUUCAAGGAGUACAAGGAGGUCAGGGAGUACAAGGAGGUCAAGGAGUACACAGUGUUCAAAGUGUUCAACCUAGAGGUCUGGAUAACAACCCACUUCAGCAUCUUAGUGAUGAAUCUGAACCAGGAACCCUAUCAUACUUCUCAUCGUCAUCCUCUUCAUCCUCCUCCUAUGCUCCCACGGGGGGAAGCAUGUCCCAUUUAGCUGCUCGUCUUUCACAGCCUCUGUUGGGUGGUAAAAGUUUUGAUAGUUCCAACCAUCUCCGUAAUCUCCUUCAGCGCCCCAUACCCUCACCUGGAGAACAUCCAGGGGGGGCAACUGUUGGAACCCCGGUCUCAACUACAAAAGUCUGGGUUCCAGAAACUGGAGAUCUUGGAGAGCAGACGCACUUCCGGUCACCACUUCCUGUCGGUCCAAGGCCUAGUAUGGGGGAUACGCAAAGCAUUCCAGGCCAAGGGGAGAUGGGCCUUCAUCAGAGUGGAGAGGAUAAAGGUGACGGAUCCUCUGACCUUCUUGACGCAAACCUUGGUGUUAACGACGAUGACCUGCUCGGUGACUUUGGCGACAACUUCAACAUCCUUGAGUUUGCGGAUGCGCUGGACGGAAACGAUUCGUCCAAAACGAAUAUUCUCGACGACCUGGAUGGAGAGGAGGAGGUGAAUGUUAAACCUGGAGAACCGGCGCAUCCUCCGCCUUACACUGGAAACCAGUUUCCACCGCCAGGUGGGCGGGGACCUCCGCCUCCAUAUGCACCACCAGGACACCCACAAACUAAGGAGCAGCCAUUGCUUAUCCAGGACCUUCUUGAGCAGGAGAAGCGAGAACAGCUUCAGCAGCAACCCGGAGCUAAUCUAAAUCAAGGAGCUCAGCAGCAUUUGCAGGAAGGAAUUCAAAGGCCAAACAUGCCUGGAAAUACGGUUGGGAUCCGUCAGUACCAACCGAUGCUGGCCGGUCAAAUAGGAGGACAGCUGGGACCUAGAAUACAGGCGCAGGUCUGGAGGCACCCUCAGGAGGUGACCUUGCAGCAGCGGAACCCGGUAGGCGGUCCCGAGAUGGGAGUUCAUCCUGGUCCUGGUCCUGGACCUCUUACUGGUCCUGGACCUGUACCUGGUCCUCCUACACCCAUGAUUGAAAGACCACCCCCGCCACCUCUCCAGACCACACCUGCUCCACCCUGUCCAGACAAUCCACAGAAUGACGAGGAACGAAGACAGGUUGGAAGAUAUGAACAAUGGUUACAGCAACAAGAUGGAGCAAUUAACCAGCAGCUCAAGUAUUAUGAAACAGAAAUUACCAAGCUAAGAAAGCAAAGAAAGUCAUUAAACUCUAAGAAGCGAACUAUGAACAAGAAUGGGAAUGAGUUGGGACAACUAGAGGCCGCUGAGUUGGAGCGUGUGAAUAGUGAGGCCAACGGACUCCAGAAGUCUCUUGAGUCUAUUCGGAAGCAGUCCCGCCAGCAUGGCAUGAUCAUCGCAGAUCACAAGCAGAAGAAGCAGAAAGCUCUGGAGGCUGCAGGGAUGCCAGGAGAACAGGGUCCAUCAAUGGGACCUGGAGGACAGCCGCAGGUUAUACCUGGAGGUCAAUGGCAAGGUCAACAGCAAGGUGUGAGUCAACCUGGUAUGGCCCAACAAGGCAUGGUACAACCUGUACAACAAGGUAUGCCUCAGCAAGGAAUGGUUCAUCAAGGAAUGGUCCAUGUUCAAAGAUCUGCUACCCCAGGAGGACCACAGGUCCGCCCAGCAAUGAUUGGAGGAUUUCAGCAGCAGCAAAUGUUACAUCAGCAGCCUGGGCAGCAGCAGAUGCAGAUGCAGCAACAGCAGAUGAUGAUGAGAAUGGGACAGAAGCCGGGGCAGCAGAUGCGUAUGAUGGGACCCGGUAUAAUACUACAAAGACCAGGGAUGCAGAGGAUGAUGUCCCCACAGGGACAGGUAAUUGGUAGUCCUGGUCAGAGUCUUCAGUACAUGGCUGGACAGCAGUCACCAAUGGGACACAUGAGCAGCCAAUCCCCUGGAAUGGGUCAGCCAAGUCCCAGUAGCUUUAACGUUACAUCACCAGGACAUUUUAAUGUGACAUCACCUGGAAGUUUUAAUGUGACCUCUCCCAACCCUGUUCAAUGUCAACAAAGACCACCAAGUAUGACAUCUCCAAUGCUUCCUACCACUAGUCCACUUCCUUCCCCUGGACCUGGACAUUCUCCCAUGCAUUCUCAAAGUCAUUCCCCUCACCCUAAUAUGUCUCCUCAUCCUGGAAUGUCACCUCAUCCUGGAAUGUCUCCACAUCCUGGAAUGUCACCGCAUCCCAACAUGUCACCUCAUCCAAGCAUGUCACCUCAUCCUAGCAUGUCACCUCAUCCUAGCAUGUCACCACAUCCAAGUCAAUCUCCUCAACCAAGCCUACCAGCAAGUCCAGCAGGCCAUAUAACUGGAAAUUAUUCUUCUGCUUCUCCUCACUCUCAAUCUCCCAAAACUCAUGGCAUGGAGGAGAAUCCUUACAUGGCAAGUGGAAUGCAGCGCCCACCAAACACAAUGUCCCCAAUGCUAUCUCAGAACCAUGGACCGCAUAUGUCUCCAAGUUAUAGCAUGGCCCAAGGGUCUCCUCAGCCUGGCCUAAUGCCAGGAAUGCGACCACCAAUGGGGGCAGAUCAGAUGAGGAUGCAAAGUAUGAGAUUGAUGAGACCCGGUGGUCCUAUUAUGCGUCCUCCUCAUCAUCAACAGAUUCAGAUGCAGCAACAGCAAAUGCAACAGCAGCAGAUGCAGCAUCACCAAAUGCAGCAACCUCAAAGGCAAAUGAUGAUAACCAGGCCUGGAGUUCAAGGUUUACAGUCAAUCCGACCUGGAGGGGUUGGAGGUGGAAUGUCGCCCUCACAUGCCUCUGGUGUCGGAAGUCCAGCUACUCCAGCUGGAAUAAGUCCUCUUCGUCGCACCAGCAGUAGUGGAGUACCAAGUCCUGCCAUGGACCGUCCUAUAACUCCACGCACCCCUAACAGCCAGGGAGGACCCCUUACCCCUGGAUCUUCAGGCCGACCCCAUACACCUGGAUCUGCGGGACGACAGACCCCUGGCUCAGCUGGUCGCCAAACUCCCGGAACCCCAGGGCCUCAACCUUCUCCUAGUCCUGACACUAUCAAUAACCAACAAGUAGGUUACCAAGGUCAGGCUCCUCAGAUCAACCAAGUUAGAAUGAUGAAUUCCAAUCAUGGUGGUGGUGGAGGAAGUCCUCACCACCCUGCAAUCCCUGCUCCACCAGGACAUGGUUGGGGAGAUGGUAUUUUUGGGCUUCAAGGUGGAUCUGGUCCUCGCAUAGGGUUCUCUGGAAUAGGAGUUCAGCUAGGGGGUUGGGGAUAUUUUGUAGGAUUAAAAGGAGGUUCUCCUCCCGUAUGUACUCCUCUAGCAACUCCCCAGGUUGAAUCAACUACAGUAGCGGUAGCUGUGACACAAGCUGGUCCCACAACAAUUGUUUCAAGCUUGCCAGCAUCUUCAGAGGAGUUAAAUCCCCACCUGGAGACUAGUACCUCAACCAGCUCUGUCAUUGUAACUAGGGUAUCCACCCAGGACAGUCUUAACACCACUCCUAGUUUGUCUCCUGCAAUGUCAGUAAACACAACUUCCAGCCAGGCUAGCUGUUAUCCAUCAAUACUGAACCCCUCCACAGCUGAGUCCAAGGUUCAGUUGUCUGUUUCUGAUCCUGAUCAUCAUAAGAUGCCCCCAAGCUCAAUCCAUCAAGCUAACAUUGGUAUUCCAGGUGGAUUAAACUCAAGACAAGCUGUUCAUCUGCCAAGGUUACCCAACCAGGUUGAUAUUAACAACCCAAGUUAUCCCUUCACUAAUGUUCCAUUUAGUUCUACUGGAGUAGGUUCUGAGCCCUCUUCUGUGCCUCCCAUGCCUCUAGUAUCAAAUAACCCUUCUCAACUAAACCCAACACAUGCAGUGCAAGAUAGCCAAGCAGUUUCUAGUUCUUUUACAACCACCUCUGGUAUGGAGUUCAGAAGUCAAGCAUCAUUCUCUUCGCCCCACUCAACUUCAAAUAAUUCUACAUAUCCAACUUCUCUUCCACCAGGCAAUCUGCCAUUCCAAUCAUCAACGCUUUCUUCCUCAAAUUUCUCACUCCCAACUGUUAAUAAGAAUACCACCAAUAUAAUAACACAGAACAUACCAACUACAAAAGAAGGUGUUCGGAUGAUUUCUAAUCUAAUAACAACAAAUGCUUAUCAAGGCCCAAGGAUGAUGGCAUUACCCACAUCCAACACUUCUUCAGCACCUACUGGAGAUUUAUCAAUGAACAAAGGAGAAAGUACAAAUGUAUUACUUAAACAACUUCUCAGCUCUUCUACCAUUCCUCCCAAAUCAGACAGUGUGCCAUCAAUGUCAACUACUGGAGAAUUAAAGGAACCACCUCAGAUUCAACUCUCAAGCUUAGCUUCCCAAGUUCCAAGUGUAUCCACUGAAAUCAAUCAAGGAAAACAAGGCCCAGGGGAUGAGCAAUUCCAAUCCCAACAUCUAGCUGCUAAAUCCCAAUCUCCUCUUUUGGCCCAACAAUUGUCUUCAAACAAAUCUUCAUUAAUUCCCCAUAGCAUGUCUUCCAGCAUUGCAUUAGGCAUACCUCAAGGCAUACCAACUGGAGUAUCACAGAGUUUUUCCAGUGGAGUGUCUCAGAGUAUUCCAUCAGGAAUGUUGCAGAGUACUCCUUCUGGAAUACCACAGAGCAUGCAAGCUGGAAUUUCACAGGGCAUGUCUGGUGGAAUGCAUCUUGGGAUGAAUGUGGAAAUGUCCUCCACAAAUCAUUCUGUCAUGCCUUCUGGUAAUAGCUCUGGAAUGUCAGCCUCUACUGCUAUGACCUCAGGUAUACAUUCUAGCAUGUCUUCAGGAAAAAUGGAUCAACCUGCAAACAUGCAAGAAGGAUUGGCUGGAAUGUUGGUUGAAAACUCGCACAAGAUUUCAAUGGCAAAGCUUCCUAACCAACCUGUACCACCAAAUUCUUUGGCAGGAGUUGUACAGGUGCAACCAAAUCAAGAAAGUAUCAUCCAGCGCCCUCCCAUUCCACAGCAGAAUGUUAUCCGCCAUAUGUCAGGAGGUAUUCAGAACCUUCUCCAAUCCCAGGUUCCUGUGCCACCUGGCCAACUUUCAACUCAGCAGCAUAUGCAACAACAGACCAUCUACCAACAACAGCAACAGCAACUUCAUCAGCAGAAAAUGCAGGAGCAGCUCAGGCAUCAGCAGCUGCAGAUGCAACAGCAGCAAAUACGAAUGCAGCAACAACAGCAUCAACAGCAGCAGGGUAUGAACUUUGACCCACCUCAACAAAUUGUUGGUAUUGGGAACAGGGGUCCUAUUCCAGGACAGUAUCCACACUCUCAGGUAGGAAUGACCCGGCCUAUGGGUCAAAUGCAACAAAUGAUCAACCAAGUAUCCAAUCCUGGGAUCAGGCAUCAGAUGGUCGGAAUGGUUCCUGGCAGUAGAAUGCCAAUACAUUCUGGUGUCACUGGAGGCUUAAGGUUAAAUAUUCCUCCACAUCAGAUGCAGAUGGGAACUGGGGCACCCUGUACUCCAAAUAGCUCCACACUUCCUUCACCUGCUCUGACACCAAGAAGUGAGAAUGAUAUGGAUGAUACAGGUUCAAGCCGGGGUCCAACACCAGGAUCUGACAGGAUGGAUGGAUCACUUACUCCUGAAAUGCUGGAUAAUAAGCUGAAAAGAAGACCCUCUGUUCAGCAGCAAAAGAGAAGAAUAUCUAUACAGGAUGGACCCCAACUAAAGAAGCAGAGACCAAGGAAAGGCUCAAGAUUAGAUGAAGGAGAUUAUGACAACUAUAUAGAUACUGUUAUGCAUCAGUUGAAAAAUCUCCCUCCUAUACCAACUGUGGAACCCAGACUCUCUCACUGUUUUAAUGCAUGCUCUGCAUAUGGCACUGGAGACAUUGCUAAGGUUUUGAGUAAAGAAAAUGAAGCCCAAAAGUGUACUCUUGAUGGGACAUUUGGAUUUGGAGGUGUUAUCUCAGAAGGGGAUUACUAUUCUACUAUGCCAUUUGGAGUUGAGCCGCCAGUCCCACAUAUACCACCCUUGAGUGUCAAUCAGAGAGGAUUUUACAACCAAGAAUUCACAGCUGAGCGCAGAUUAGAUUAUCCUAGACAUGAGGGGUAUAUUUCUCCAGAUCUAUUCUAUUCAUCAAGUCCAGAACCAGAUAUUCUUCCAAGAAACAAAAAGGGAAAGAAAUGUAUUGAGGCAGUUGAUAAGAAGGAUAGUGUUGAGCAGAAGCUAAAUAAUGGCAUAAAGAAAGAAGUUGAAGAUACAGAGAAAGAGUCUGACAAGAGUCAAGUUGAAAUAAAGAAAGAACCUGGAACAGAUUCACCUGAGAAAGCAGUUGUUGCGGAAGAUAACAUGAUGACCUGGUAUGAUCUUGAACCAGAUGAUACUGAUGAGGAGCUGGAGAAUCUAGCUGGACCCCCGAACAUCAUGUCCAGGCCUUCCAGUCCAAGCAUAGACAUAAUAUGUCCCAUUCCAAUCAAACCUAAACCAAGCCAGUCCAUUACAUUAAGUGAUUUAACUAACCUAGACAAGGAGAACUUAAAGAAAAAGGAAGAUGAAGGACUAAAGAAAGCUAAAAAGGGUUUUCUAGGACUUACUGGGACUUUGGGUAUAAUACCAGAGCCAUUAAAGGAAAAGCAUGAGAACACUAGAGAAGUUACAAUUAAGAUGUCUGGCGGAGGUUCAAAAUCAUUAUUUAAAGCUUUAAAAGGAUUGGCUAAAAUUUUAGAGAUAGAACCACCUAAACAGUGGAUGCAAGAGGACAAAUCUUCUAAGAAAGCUGUGUUUCGUGUGAAGAGAGAUCUUGGCAAAGAUGGAGUCCCCCUUGAUCUCCAAUCUGUUCUAAACCGAAGUUCUAAGAUCUGCCGGCAGUGUGAAAUGGUAAUCCAGCAUGACAUGGUAAAAAAGAAGUCGUCUGAUCUCCCAUUUCUCACUAAACCUGAAAAGGAUGAGUCUUGUGAUGAUUUACUUUUCUGUGAUGAAUCUUGUUACUUGAAUUUCUCUCUUAAGAAAACUGGGAUUCAGAUCCCUGAAAAGAUAAAGAGCUUGAAGCAGCUUGAAGACUAUCAGACCAGGUAUAGAGAGGAAGGUUGUCUCAUGGAUACUCCUAAGAAGGAUGAGAAAAAGGGUCCUUUAUUCAAGGGAUUACAUUAUAAGAACUGGACUAUGAGUAUGGGAAAUCAGCGCAAGAAUAAGAUAAUGAAUGAGAAGGAUUUAACCCAGAUGAUGUUCCAGCUUGGAAUCACCAUGAUGCCACCAAGAGAAGCUGAAGAUGUUCGUCAGUGUCUUUUCUGUCACAUGCGGGGAGAUGCGGCAGCUGAUGGACCUGCUCGUCUUCUUAAUUACGAGGUUGAUAAAUGGGUUCAUCUGAACUGUGCUCUUUGGUCAGAAGAAGUUUAUGAAACUGUAUCUGGUGCCCUGGUAAAUGUUGAAACUGCUUUGAAGAACAGUGUGAAUUCCUUCUGUAAUAUCUGUGAGAAAAAUCAUGCAACCAUUAAAUGUUUCAAAACUCGUUGUACCAACCUUUACCAUCUUAAUUGUGCUGUAAAGGAUGGAUGUACGUUUUACAAGAACAAAACUUUAUUCUGUAAUCAGCAUCAGCCUAAAGGGGAGAAAGAUAAUGAAUUAACAACCUUGGCUGUUUACAGAAGAGUGUAUAUAGAGCGGGAUGAGAAUAGACAAGUGGCUAAUGUCAUGUCAACAGGUAUGGAGAGUAAUGUCCUCAGAAUUGGAGCGCUGACCUUCUUAAGUGUUGGUCAACUACUGCCACAUCAGCUGAAUACUUUCCAUAGUGAGAACUUUAUCUAUCCAAUUGGGUACAAGAUUCUUCGUUUUUAUUGGUCAAUGAGGAAUGUCAACAAGAGAUGCAAAUAUUUCUGCAGUAUUGCUGAUGUAGAUAAUCGACCUGAGUUUGUGGUUGAAGUUGAAGAACCCGGCCAUGAGAAUAUAAUUUUCAAAGAUCUAACUUGUCUCGGUGCCUGGACUCCCAUCCUUGCUGAGAUAGAGAAACUGAGGAAAAAGUCAGAUAAUACUAAAAUCUUCCCUCCCUAUAUUUCUGGCGAGGAUUUGUUUGGUUUUACUGAGCCCAACAUUAUCAAGGUUUUAGAGAGUUUACCUGGAAUAGAGUCUUUGACAGAUUACACUUUUAAAUAUGGACGUAAUCCUAUGCUGGAACUUCCCUUAGCUGUCAAUCCUACUGGAUGUGCUAGAUCCGAACCAAAGCUGAGAACUCAUGUUAAACGGAUUCAUAAUUUCCAGAGAAGCACUGGAGCAACUAAGGAGACAAAUCAAAGGGUUGCUAAAGAUUUCGGGGAUUUCCUGAUAGGAUUAGAAACUGUUGGACCCUACAGCAAGAAUUUUGUCCAGUCCAAAAGCUCUCAGUACAGGAAAAUGAAGCAGGAGUGGCGCCAAAAUGUUGUUCUUGCACGCUCAAAAAUUCAAGGUUUAGGACUCUAUGCGGCCAGGGACCUGGAGAAGGGUCAGAUGAUCAUUGAGUAUAUCGGAGAGGUGAUCAGGUCCAACCUGACAGAUAUUAGAGAGAAAAGAUAUGAAUCCCAGAACCGUGGGAUCUACAUGUUCCGCCUGGAUGAUGAAAGAGUUGUGGAUGCAACUCUAUCAGGAGGGGUUGCUAGAUACAUCAACCAUAGUUGUGAUCCUAACUGUGUGACUGAAACUGUUGAGCUGGCAGAUUGGCAUAUUAUUAUAUUUGCAAACCGUAGAAUCAAUAGAGGAGAGGAACUCUCAUACGACUACAAGUUUGACUAUGAGGACGAGAAUCGAAUUCCCUGUAUGUGUGAAGCUAAAAACUGCAGAAAAUGGAUGAAUUGAAGAAAUUAUAAUCAUAGUUAUACUUUUAAAUAAUCUUAUUUCGACGCAUGUAUACAGUUUAUCGAAAAGAGAUGAAAGAACAAUCUUCUCUGUAUAAAUGACAAUGUUAGUUUAUCAAUAUUGAGUUGUUUACUACAAUGUAUAAUGUACAUAUUUGUGCAUAUUGUACACUGUACAAUGUACUUUUUUAACCGUUACCAAAAACCGCCGCAAUCCCGGUAUGAAGAGACCAUUUUGUUUUCUGUACAGUUCUCUAUCUACAAUAUACAUAUUUGUGUUUA